AUGGAUACAACUAUCAUUGAGAGGAAGAAGAAAUCGGCACUCGCAAGAAGACAUCGGAGACAGGUCUUGAAUGAAAGAACAAAAAAAAGAAAUAAAGUUGAUGAGAAUGGAAGUGAUUUCAAGAUAUGUUAUAGUAGUUUCAAUCAUCCAUUAUGUGACAAUAUAAGAAGACCACUGUCUAAUAUAACUUCUUCUAUCAAUAAUGUAAGGAUUCAGAAUCGUCACUCGCCACCCGGUGGAACUGCAAAUUCAUCAGCCAAACUAUUGCACAGUGGUCUGAAAGAAUCUGUGUCAUACAAUCUUAUGGAAAAACAUGCCUUCGAUAAUAUUGUUUAUCAUGCAACACCUCAACCUAACAUGAUAUAUACUAAUUUCUCAUCUGGCAGCUCCAUAUCAACUAUUACUGCUGUUUCACUUACCCCUGCACAGAAAUCUGCAAUGGCACGUGAGAGGAGGAAGUCACUUAUUAAGUUGAAAAAGUCUCACACACGCACACAUUAUGAAAACGAAAGAUGUACCACUAGAGAAACUGAGAAUCUUCAUUCUCCGGUAUCAAAUUUAUUCAAUGACUUUUCUAAUGUUGACAAUGGGGGUAUCUCUUCCUCCACAAGCAAGCGUGGUGGUACGACCGACGUAAACAUUGAAGAUGAUGAUAGGUCUGAUGAUGAUAGAUCGGAUGAUUCGUUUAGUGAUAGUGAAUAUGAGUUCAUAAACAAAAAUCCUGACUAUGAUACGACAUCAAGCGUCAAUGAUGAGGAACAACAAAAUACAAAUUAUAGUUUGAUUAAUGAUCAAGUUUCAGGAUACUCGGAUAUAGGUGAUCCUGCAAUAGAAUGUACACAUUGUGGGGCACUUAUGUGGUACGGAGAGAAAACUGACAAACGAAAACAUACUGUGGUCCCCAAAUUCCAACAAUGUUGUGGAAAUGGCAAGAUUUUGCUUCCUCUUUUGAAAUUACCUCCUCCUUAUCUCAACCAUUUGUUGUUUCAAGAUAAUGAUAGAUCAAAAGAUGGUAGAAUUUACAAUCAACCCAAUGUGGCAGAAGUUGCUGCAUUGAUAGUAGGUGACGUUGACACUGGAGACAAAAGGGACAUUAUUCUUGAGAGGCAGAGCGGAAAGCUAAAGAGAAUAAGUGAGUUUCAUCCAAGUUAUCUUGCUUUACAAUAUCCACUACUGUUUCCUUAUGGAGAAGACGGAUUUAGGCUUGGUGUUCUACACAGGGAAACAAAUUCAAAAAAUAAACAGACGAAUAAGCUUACCAUAAGAGAAUGGCUUGCAUAUCGCAUUCAAACAAGAACAACCGAGGCACAUACGCUUUUGAGAUCACAAAGACUAUUUCAGCAAUUUUUGGUUGAUGGAUUCAGUAUGAUGGAGUCCCAAAGAUUAAAUUAUAUCCGCAAGCAUCAGAAGAAACUUGGAGUUUCUAAGUACUCCAAUCUGACCGGUCCAGACCAAGAAUCGGACACACAUGGUUCAAACAAAGGUAAAAGGGUAGUUUUGCUGUCAAGCUAUGUUGGUAGCAGGAGAUACAUGGAGCAGCUUUAUUUUGAUGGAAUGGCUAUUUAUAGCCACAUUGGUUUUCCCGAUCUUUUUAUCACAUUUACUUGCAAUCCAAAUUGGCCCGAACUUAAAAGACUAACCGACAAAAUAAAGCUUCAUCCUCACGAUUGCCCUGAUCUCAUAUCUCGAGUUUUUAAAAUCAAGUUGGAUGAGUUAUUGUCUGAUUUAACAAAAAAGCAUGUCUUGGGGAGAGUUGUUGCAUAUAUAUACACAAUUGAAUUUCAAAAAAGAGGUUUACCGCAUGCACAUAUUCUGCUAUUUAUGCUUCCCCAUAGCAAGUGUCCCACUCCAGAGGAUAUAAAUAACAUCAUUUCAGCAGAAAUUCCUUCGGAUGAAGAUGAUAUGCAACUUUAUCAUUUGGUGAAGACACAUAUGAUUCACGACCCAUGUGGAUAUGCAAACACUUCAUCGCCUUGCAUGAAAAAUAAUCGAUGCUCAAAAUUCUUCCCAAAAAAAUUUCAGCCUCGCACUGUUGUUGACCACGAAGGAUAUCCUUUGUACAUGAGAAGAGAUACUGGAAAUACAGUUACGAAAAAGGACGUUGUUCUUGAUAACAGAUUUGUAGUUCCUUAUAAUCCAUAUUUGUUGAAGAAAUUUCAGGAUCACAUCAACAUUGAGUGGUGUAAUCAAGGAACAUCCAUUAAGUAUUUAUUCAAAUAUAUUAACAAAGGAUAUGACCGAAUUACCGCAACUGUAGUUGAUACUAACACUGAUGGAUCAUCUUUAAAUGGAAAUCUUGAUGAAAUAAAACAAUAUCUUGACUGUAGAUAUGUCUCCCCAAGUGAAUCAUGCUGGAGGAUAUUCUCUUUUCCCAUUCAUGGAAGGUCUCCCGCGGUCGAGAGGUUGUAUUUUCAUCUUAAGGGAGACAAUUGUGUUUACUACACUGAUUAUGAGUUGAUUGAUGAGGUACUUGAAAAACCAAGUGUGAAAGAGUCUAUGUUUACCGCUUGGAUGGAAGCAAACAAGACAUAUUCAGAGGCAAAAGAUUUGACUUACUCCAAGUUUCUCACAAUAUUUGUGUAUGACAAAAGAUACAGACGGUGGAGACCAUGCAAAAGAGGUAAUACAAUUGGAAUACUUAUAUGGGUUCCGCCAAGUACCGGUGAGCUUUUUUAUCUUAGAAUGAUGUUAACGGUAGCAAAAGGACCGACAUGCUACGAGGACAUAAAAAAGGUGGGAGGAAUUGUUCGGCACAGUUUUAGGGAUGCAUGUUUCGAAAUGGGAUUUCUUAAUGGUGAUAAGGAAUAUGUUUCGGCCAUAUACGAGGCCAAACAUUGGGGUUCAGGUCAUUUUUUGCGACAAUUUUUUGUCACCAUGCUACUCUCCGGUACAAUGAAUAGACCUAACCAUGUUUGGGAGAAAACUUGGAAGGUAUUGGCAGACGGUAUUCUUUACCAGCAGAGGCAAGCAACCAAUAAAAUAGAUCUGCAUUUAACAGACAUUGAAUUGGAAAACUUGACCCUCAUUGCCAUUGAGAACAUGUUGCAGUCUAAUAGAAAAAGCUUGCAUGAGUUUAAAGAUAUGUCAUAUCCCAACUCAUAUGUCACAAGAGACAUUGGAAACCGACUGAUUUAUGACGAACGUGAUUACAACAUGAGCAACGUGGCAUUUUUGAAACAAUCAUGCAAGCUAUCAAGAAACAAAGAGGAGGGGUGUUUUUUACAUGGUUAUGGAGGUACAGGCAAGACUUUCAUGUGGAGAACACUGUCAAGUGCACUGCGUUCAGAGAGAAAAAUAUGUAUUACUGUUGCUUCAAGUGGCAUAGCUUCAUUAUUAUUGCCAGGUGGAAGAAUUGCACAUUCAAAGUUCAAAAUUCCAGUGCCGACCCUUGACAACUUUACAUGCAAUAUCGACAAGAAUACCGAGCAUGCACAAUUACUUCAGGCAACUGAUGUGAUCAUAUGGGAUGAAGCACCCAUGGCACAUAAAAAUUGCUUUGAAGCAUUAGACAAAACCCUUAAAGACCUCAUGAACCAGAAUGGUCUAUCGAGUAGAAUAUUUGGAGGGAAAGUUAUUGUUUUCGGCGGAGAUUUUCGGCAGAUUCUUCCUGUUGUUCCAAGAGCAUCUCGUUCCGAUAUUGUUCAUGCAUCAAUAUUCUCAUCUUAUGUGUGGGACUACUGCAAGGUCCUCACUCUAACAAGAAACAUGAGGCUUAAGAAUGGUAAAGGUAAUAACAGCAAUAAUGAAAUAGCAGAGUUCUCGAAAUGGAUAUUGGAUGUUAGCGAUGGUAAGAUAUUCGAACCAAAUGAUGGAUUGGUUGAUAUAGAGAUCCCUCGGGAAUUAUUAAUUACAGAUUUUGAAGAUCCCGUUCAAGCCAUCGUUGAAAGCACAUACCCGGAUUUGUUGCAAAAUUAUUAUUGUCUUGAUUAUUUACAAGGCAAAGCAAUUCUUGCAUCAACAAUUGAAGUUGUUGACAAAAUCAAUCAUUAUAUUUUGGAUCUAAUACAAGGAGAAGAAAAGGAAUAUCUCAGUUUUGACGAGAUAGAUAAAACUGAUGUGAAUUACACUGAAGCUUACGAAGUUCUAACACCUGAAUUCUUGAGUAAUCUAAGAACAUCCGGUCUACCAAAUCACAUUAUCAAAUUGAAGACUUUGUACUGUUUAAUCAAUUAUGAGUUAGCUUCAUUGUGUCUUUUUAAUCAUUUUGCCCUUGCACUUGAACUUAUCUGGAAAUUGCUCAAAUUUGGAUUGUAUCCUGGAGAUUGA